UUCAGACUGUGUUCUAUCAAAAUAAUAGACGUGACUUUAUAUCUCUGAAUUGACAUUAAGUUAAACAGUAUUUAAACGACUGGUUGGUCUCUGAAGAAUCAAGCAACAUUACAACAUGUAGAUAGCGGGACUCCAACUUAUCGCCUUAAGGGUUCGAAAUAACCUAUUCGCCCCAAGCCGAAUAAAAAACGCCCAUGUCCGAAUCCAAAUGCGUUUUGAUCUGAAUGGAAAUUGGUGGCUUCGAUCCGGUCAGGAGCGAAAAUGGCAUUUCGUUCUCGGUACUAUAUUGGCCUCAUUCCAGUAAUCGUUGUUUCAAAGAGCGCCAGGUGUUGCUACAGCUCAGUCUAUCUUCAAAUGUGACCCACAGAUAAUUGUAUUUAAUGGUCAGUCAACACUAUAUAACGGACUAUGAAGCCAUAAAGAUAUUACAAGUUAUAUGCCAGAGGUAGCAGCCUUGAAAAGAUGGAGGAAAAUUCAAGUCUGCAGCUCAAUUCUUCGGAUUAUUAUGAUACAAAUUAUGACACUAUAGAAUACGUCAUCACCACCUAUGUAUACAAGAUCGUUUACGUCAUCGGUCUUUUUGGUAAUAUUUUUGCUGUGAUCGUGUGGAGUCGGGCCCGGGUGAAAUCCUCGCCCGUGAAAUAUUUUAUUGCAAUAAGUGUGGCGGAUACCUUGGUGUUAUUAACUCAUGCUUUGGAGAACAUUCAUCAACUGAACAUACAAGGUCUGUGUCAAGUUGUCCAUUUGUUAUUCCUAGCUGUUCAGUGUUUUGCUAUUCUUUUAGUUCUAGGUCUGUCUACAGAACGAUACAUAGAAAUUUGUCACCCGUUAGGUGGCGAUAAACUUCUGACAGUGUGUAGAACCCGACGAACGAUCGUCUUUAUGGCUGCUUUGUCGGUCGUCUGUAGUUUCAUGGAGGGGUAUAUUUGGCAUGUGGAUGAACACAACAUGUGCGCCCAUCGCUCAAACAUACCGUCUCGGAUACUAUGGAUUUACGGAAUGUGUGUUUUGGGAAUCCUCUUCAUGUUGCCAAUAUUCGCCAUUUUAAUUAUAAAUAUAUCAGUAUUGUGUAAAGUGCGCCGCCGCAGAAGGUCACACAGUGUUGCCUACAGUACAUCGAUGGUGCCAGAAAAACUCUCAAUCAACGCAGCAUUUUUGGCAAUAUCUUUGUGGUUAGCUGUGAGUGAAUUAUGCUACGCUAUUGUGCAUUUGAUACAGUAUUUUGUCAAUACCCAUUCAGAUUUCUUCUGGAACGUCAGUAAUUUGAAACCGCGGCCUGGACAAUGGCAUACCUACAACAGCAACUCCAUACCGUUAUUAUUGGCCGAUCUGGUGACACUAGCUAGCUAUUCUGUGAAUUUCAUAUGUUUUGUUUUGACUAGUUACACGUUUCGAAAGGAAAUACGACAUUUGUUUCGUAAAAAGAGACGACAUCGUGGUCGCCUGUAGACUAAACAUGACAGACAACUUAGCUUGUGUCAAAAUUCCCAUCAAUAUCGAGUUUUCUUUACUUAAAAGAUUACGGCCAUGAAGAAAUUAAUCCUUAUUAACGAGUGACUGCUCGGACAUUACUCAAAUAAAAGCUGAAAUGCGAGUUUUCGGCGGUCAGACUGAAAUAGAAUUUGCAACAAAAAACGGCAUUUUUAUCGUCAAUUUGACCAUAGGACGUGUUCUGGAGGUGUUAAAUCUCUGUUCAUUACUGCAAUGACCACGGACUUCGAUACCAAAUAAGCUUAAUGACUAAAGGGCGUGUUCUGGAAGUGCUUAAUCUUAGUUCAUUCGAGCAAUGACUGAUUACUUCGACACCAAAUCGGCUUAAUAGCAGCAUUGUGUUUCAGGAGUUUUGAAAUUGUCAAUAUACCAACCAUUCAAUUGUCAACGUAUAGUGAGAGGGUGUUAUUGUAGUAUUAUUAUAUUUAUACCCACACAUAUUUAUGUGGUCCGAUUUUGUAAUCUACUGUAAGUCUCUGUUAAUACCCCCAAGGUCGCAUUUAUUAUCCGAACAUUUUAGUUUUACAUGCAUUAUUUGCAUUCGUGAGGCGAAGAAUCUCAUUUCUGAUAAUCACCAGUAGGUGUAGUGCCCAUGCAUUGUUUAACAGUGAGACGAAGAAGCUUAUCAAAAGUCAACUAUUUCUGAUAAUUGCUACAAGAAUUAUAACUGUUGAGUACUUUAUAGAAUGCUCUUAUGAUUAACUUUGAUAAAAAUAAGAUUAUGAGUUUAUGGAUAAUUAAGGAGUAGGACAUUUAAUCAUUGCACGAAAACAAUUUAUGGACUUACUUUUCGUUGCCUGCCAACCUAUAUUUCCGUGUAAUACAGAACCUGGCAUUACUCAUAUCAACACCGCGAGUCUUAUAACUACAGACAAUUAAGAUUACCGCAACAUAGCUGUGUUAAAUGAGGACUGAAUCAAACAAGCGCAGUUUUAUCUAAUAUAGUCAAGCAUGUUAUAUUACACUAAAGGCCUGCACCGACACGAAUUAUUUAUCGUCGAUAUUCAACCAGAAGAAUAAAUUAUAUUAUACAGCCCUGCCGAUUGCCCCUGACGUUUUGUUGGUUGUAUGGCAAGCAAACCAUCCCCGACAAACCAUCGGGUUUGACCAAUCCAUUACAAUAUGCACGCUGUCAUAUAGAAGAUAUUGUUUGUGUAUGUAGGCCUUUAUUGCACAUUAUGGUUCUUUUGCAUUAUAUAUUUGUCUAGUGAUAAUACAUGGCCAUUUUUAGGCCACACUAACCAGAAAUCCUGUGUCCGCCACUGAUAACAAAUGGUGCUAAUGCAGUUGCUGAAAAGGUAUAUGUAUGUUGACAUUUACGCCUAAUCAGUUCACCGGAUAUGAACAUCUGUACAAGCCUCCCUGUGAGGAUAUCAAUAUCUUUGAGUAUACAAAUAAUAAGACCGCUUAUAAUUUCUAAAUAAAUACAUUCUUGAAAAAAAAAACCCCCAAAAACCCCAAAAACAAAACCCAAACUUUAGCGGGAGGAAGAAUUUGCCCCUUUCCAAUUGCCACUGAGAAGCUCUCUUGUGUGUGUUUUGCAAUGUCGAUUUCUUGAUACUUCUGUCCAACCUCGUGGGUUUUCUCCGGGUCCUCCAGUUUCCUCCCACUGCUAAAGACCCCUACGCGCAAGAGAAUUAUUGAAAUAAAAUUGAACCAUGUGUUAGUCCCGAAAUGACCUAGGUUGUGUCGAGUGGACGUUAAACCCCAUUUCUCUCUCUCUCUCUCUUUCUUUUGAUACUUCUGAAUGCGGGUGAACGUUUAAGAACAAUUUCCUUGAUAAGAACAUGAGCCUAACCGCCAUGCUCAGUAAUGGGUAUAGCGACCACAAAGCCCUUUGAAUAUGAAAGCGGUUGGAAUGAUUAGCUAUGUCCAUCAGACGAAGGAAUAAAAGGGAUGGAGAAUUAAGGAGCUUGAAAUACAGCCCGUCUGCUAUAUUAGGUCCUAUAUACUGAUGUAGAUCUACCUCAUGACUUUACUGUGUACUAAACAUGGGAUUUUAAUGUUGAUAAAAAUGCUGAUGUUUUAUUUUAAAUGGACAUACAUUUAUUUUAUAAUCUUAACAGCAAUGAUAAUAGAG